CUGCAAUAGUUGUUUCUUUCGCUUUCACUAUUACGACGUCGCACGAGAUUAUCAGUUGCUUGAGGAUGUGGUCAUUUUUCGAAUGUAACUAUAUCUUCCUAACACAGUAUUAACGAAUUUAAGUUAUAUUGAGGAUUUAAUUUGAGCCCCGAAGACUAUUUGGCGCCGUUGACAUUUGAAAUACAACAUGUCCAAAGUGGGUGCCUUGUUCCUGUUGCUUUUUGCGUGCAUGGAUGUGUGCGUUCUGAGCGUCCUGCGCUCCCUGCAGCUGUCGCCACAAAACUCCCUCUUCUUCCCGUGCCCGCCACUCGUUGCCUUAUGGGGAGGAGAGUUGACCAGGGCUGUUUUCCUUCUCCUCCUGCUGCUGCUGUGUGCCAAUGGUCUCUCGGGGGCCAGAGUCUUCGGGGCUGUCCAGAGCAUCCUGGUCCUGUGCUUGCACCUCCCGACUUACGUGACUCUUCUCCAUGCUCUAGGCUGGGCUGCUGAGGAAGAGAUGUGGGGUUGGCACUCCUGGGAAAGGAUGUUUCAGGGUUACCUGGUAAUGAUGGUGUCAUGGAUCUACUGGACUCAAUACGUCCAGUCUUUGCUGGUGUCUUUGUCUCUCUCCGUGUCAUCUGUGUGGAGGCCGAGGAGCAGCAAACAAGAGCCCAAAAAGAAGGCCACCUCGCCUUUGAGGAGACUGAUGAGUUUCAUGCGGCCUCACUUUGGUUGCUUUUUGGCUGUGAUGCUUUUGGUGGGGCUCUCCUCCUUUUGCGAGAUGGCGGUCCCUAUGUACACUGGUCAAGUGACAGAAUGGAUCCAGAACAAGGGGACGCCUGACGCUUUCACAGAGGCCAUCACAAUUAUUGCAAUCAUGACUGCUGUCAGUGCGGUGAUGGAGUUCAUUGGGGACUUGAUGUACAUUGUCACCAUGAGCAACGUUCACAGCACAGUCCAGGGAGACGUCUUCCAGGCUGUUCUCAAACAGGAGAUCGCCUUUUUUGACAGAACACCUACAGGUGACCUGGUGUCACGCAUCACGACAGACACCAACAUCAUGAGCGAGGCACUGAGUGAGAGGCUGAGCCUACUCAUGUGGUACACGUUUCGCAUGCUCUUCGUGUUCUUCUUCAUGGUCAAGCAGUCGUGGAAAUUGUCCCUGCUGACGUCCAUGGGGCUGCCCGUCAUCUGGGUUUUGCCAAAGUUCACCGCGCACCUCCGCGAGAGAAUAUCAGUGAAGAUUCAAGACGCUCUAGCGAAAGCCAAUCAGGUGGCCACAGAAACCUUUUCCUGCAUCAAGACGGUGAAGAGUUUUGCCAAUGAAGACGGUGAGACGAAACGCUACGAGCGCUGCAUGGAGGACUUGUACGCCCUGAACAAGAUCGAGGCGGCGGCAUAUGCCGGCACGACUUCAGCCAACAGUAUGACCACUCUCAUCAUGAAGGUGUCCAUCCUGUACUACGGAAGCAUGCUGGUGACUCGAGGGACUGUCAGCAGUGGGGAGCUUGUCUCCUUCAUCCUCUACGAGCUCCAGUUUGCUUCGGCUCUGGAUGCCUUAAUGCAUUCGUACCCGGAGGUGAAGAAGGCUGUGGGAGGCUCUGAGAAGAUCUUUGAGUAUUUGGAGCGGAAACCUCAAAUACCCCCAGAGGGAACCUUGGCUCCCAAAUCCCUGAAGGGAUACGUUCAGUUCCAAAAUGUCAAGUUUGCCUACUCCAGCGACAUAGACAAUGUCAUCCUCAAGGGUGUGACCCUGGAAAUGAAACCUGGGCAGAUCACUGCGCUGGUGGGGCUCAACCGAUCCGGGAAGUCCACCUGUGUCAAGCUACUGGAAAGGUUUUAUCAACCCCAAGGCGGACAAAUUCUUCUGGACGGGGAGCCAUUGGACAGUUACAAAGAUGCUUAUCUUCGGCAGAAAAUCUCGGUGGUAAGCCAGGAUUGUGCCCUGUUCGCACGUUCUGUGCGGGAGAACAUCAAGUACGGCUGCCCGGACGUCAGUGAUGAGGACAUGUACCGGGCUGCCCGCUUGGCUAGCGCCCAUAACUUCAUCAUGGGGCUGUCCAAGGGUUACGACACAGAUGCCGGCGAGAAAGGGGGACAGCUAUCUGGCGGUCAGAAGCAACGUAUUGCCAUUGCCAGGGCCUUAAUUCGACAGCCCACUAUCUUGGUACUAGACAACGCCACCAGUGACUUGGACUCCGAAAAUGAACAACAGGUCUACCAGGCUUUGCUGAGCGAACGUGUCAACAAUUGCUCCGUGCUUCUGAUCUCCACCAAGAUGAGCGUGGUGGAGAGGGCCGACCACAUCAUCGUCUUACAUGAUGGCGUGGUCGAGGCAGAGGGCCGCCACCACCAGCUACUGGAAAGCAGCCAGCUCUACGCUCAACUGGUGAAAAAGGAGAUGCAAUGAAGGAUUCCAUGUAUAUCGGGCCACUUUUUUUAGUGUCUUUAGUGCAGAUUAAAUUUCUUUUCAUUCAAAUUCAAUGCAUUACGAUGCAAUGUUGUUUCUGCUUAAUAAAUACACGUGUAUAUUUGUGAAUACAGUGAUCCCUCGCUCUAACGCGGUUCACUUUCCGCGGCUUCGCUGUUUCACGGAUUUUUUUAGUGCAAUUUUUUUAAUGCUUUUA